UGUAGGUGGCGUUAUUUUGGCUAGUUGAUUGAAUAGUUAAGUUGGCAAGUGACGAAAGUCGGCCAUAUGCCAGGUUGCGUAUGAAGGCGUUAUGUUAGAGUAGUGGCAGUCGUAGUAAAAUGACCAUAACUAUGGCAGAUGAUGUAGUUUUCGAUUUGCUUCAUCUGGAAAUAACGUCUACUAUAUUCAGAACUACUGAGAAGGACGAAAAAGAAACAGCAGUAACUAAAUUAGAAAAUAUUGGAUUUUGCACAGGAUAUCGCCUUGUUGAAAGGUUAACAAAGGACUGGCCAAGAUUUAAGGAUGAAUUAGAUACAAUGAAAUUUAUGUGUAAAGAAUUUUGGUCUUCUGUUUACAAAAAACAAGUGGAUAAUCUUAGAACGAAUCAUCAAGGAGUAUAUGUUUUACAAGAUAAUAGAUUUAGAUUCUUGACUCAAUUAUCCAAUUCAAAACAAUAUUUGGAUGUUAUACCAAAAUAUUUAGCCUAUACCUGUGGAUUAAUUCGAGGAGCUCUUGCUAAUCUUGGAAUUAUGAGUGUAGUUACAGCUGAUGUUACAAAUCCUCCAAUAUUCAUUUUGAAGGUGCUGUUGUAAUUCAUACACUAUAUAGUGUCUACAGAAACUGAGCACACCAGGUCUUUUAAAUAUUUCCAAAGCCAGAUGUUAGCAGAUAAUGAAUAUGUCAUAUAUAUCAGAAACAAUUAAUUUGUGGAUUCAUAUUUACUAGGAUUCUUUAAUUUAUUUUGUGAGUUCUUUUAAUUUUUUAAAAUUUUUAUCAUAAUUUUUUUAAGCAAUUUAUGUAAUAAUGAAGAUCACAAUAAUAUGAAAACAUUUAUCAUUGCUUUUCAUAACUGGUAAGCUAUGUAGAAAUUAUGGUUGAUAUAUUAAAACU